GGAGUGGAUGGGGGGGUGAAAGGUGUGGGGUUUGGGGGGGGGUGGCAGUUGUUGACCCGGGGCAAUUCUCUUCUCGAGAAUCCGGUGAACACCACGAGGCGCGGUGACGUCUCCCCCGAAUGGGGGGGGGGGGGGGUUACAUAAUUACUGAGCGCGCUUCCUGCCGGUGACGUCGCGGUUAAAGCCCCUCCGCGGCGCGGACGAUGCAGCAGCAGGAGCCGCAGCCGUCUUCGUCGUCUGCAAGUCGCGAGAGCCCCUCGCUUGUCCUCUCUGCCUCCUGUCUAGCUCAGUGGCAGCAGCAGUAGGAAGCCUCUCAUCUGAUCUCCUAGCUCGUUGGUUCACGCCAUCCUCGAGCCGCCGUGUCAAGAGAAGCGGAUAGAGGGGAGGAGCUGCUUCGUUACGACAGCCAGCUCCAUUGUUAUACAGGCUGUGGUCCCCCCCCCCACCCAGCCACACCGCUCCUCCCCCGGUGUUAUUAUUGUUCUCAGCCUAUCUUCGUGUUAGCUUGUGUCGAUUAUGGUGGCUGCGUGGAGUGUGUUGUGGUUGUAGAGAGAGAGAAUCAGCUGCGUGCGGCAAGUCUCCAUCGCUGCUGCGUCUGUGCGUGGAGCGACAUCCCCCACUGUUCUCAGUCCACUCUCUCCCAUCUCUCCACAUCUCUCCCUCUCGGCGUUCUCCCCCCACUCUUCUCUCUCCUCCUUCCACUCUCCAUCCCCGUCUCUCGCCUCUCCACUUUAUCCCCUCCUCGUGUCGCUCUCCCCUCUCUUCCCCUUCAUCUCUCCCUCUGCCCCCCCCCCCCAUCUCCUCCUCACCACUCCCACCACCACCACCGUCAUCUUUCGCCUCCUCUUCGCUGUCCCGCUCAUCUUCCUUCCGCUCUUACCCCUCGUCUCUCUCCGCCGCUCUCCCUUCACUGUCCCCUCAUCUCUCCUCCUCCUGCUGCUGCUGCCCCCUCCUGCUGCCCCCUCAUCCCUCCUCCUGCUGCUGCUGCUGCCCCCUCAUCUCUCCUCCUCCUCCUGCUGCUGCUGCCCCCUCCUCCUGCUGCUGCCCGGCACCGGAGCCCCGCGGGCUGAUUGUUAUUCUGCGUGGCCCGCACCUGCGGGGCUGCGCGGAGGACUCGCACACAGAGAAAGCGAGAGGGAGAGAGCAGCUCCGGGGCAAACGUUGCCGGCCACAAAGUCCCGAGCCGCGAGCGAGCGAUGGCGACGCUGCUCCGAAAGAUCGGCCUCAUCCGCUUCCACCAGCCGGAGACGGGCAGCCCCAAGGGCUCCCGCAAGGCGCGCAAGAACAGCAUCACCGGCGGCGGCGGCGGCAACAAUAACAACAACAGCAGCGGUGGCGGUAGCAGCGGCGGCGGCGGCGGUAACAACAACAACAGCAGCGGUGGCGGUGGCGGCGGGUCGCAGAAGGGCAAGGCUUGCGUCGCUUUGAACGGCGGCGGGAGGGACGGCGGCACCGUCUCGCUCCCCCAGGCUGGCGGCCGCUCGACCGAGCCGGCCAAAGCGGAGGCCGUGCCGCCGCCGCCGCCGCCGCCACCGCCCCCCCACAAGGGCCUCUUCGGGAAGCCGUCGUCCUCGUCGUCGUCGUCGCUGCCGCCGGCGCCGGCCAACCGGCAGCACAGCUCGCAGGUACGCGCCCGCCGCCUCAUGAAGGAGCUGCAGGACCUGAACCGGCUGAGCGAGGAGGUGCUGAGCGUGGAGCUGGUGGACGACAACCUGUUUGAGUGGAACGUGAAGCUCUACCAGAUCGACAGGGACUCGGCGCUGUGGCAGGACAUGCGCGAGACGGGCGUGGACGGCGUCCUCCUCAACCUCGCCUUCCCCGAGAACUUCCCCUUCUCGCCGCCCUUCAUGCGCGUGCUGAGCCCGCGCAUCGAGAACGGAUACGUCCUGGACGGCGGCGCCAUCUGCAUGGAGCUGCUCACGCCCAGGGGCUGGUCCAGCGCCUACACCGUGGAGGCCGUGGUGAGGCAGUUCGCGGCCAGCCUCAUCAAGGGCCAGGGACGGAUCUGCAGAAAAGCGAGCAAGGCCAAGAAGGCGUUCACGAGGAAAGAGGCGGAGGCGACGUUCAAGAGCCUGGUGAAAACUCACGAAAAAUAUGGCUGGGUGACGCCGCCGUCUUCGGAGGGAUGAGUUCGACACCCCCCCCCCAUCUCCCCCCCCCCCACCCCCCCGGGGCCGUCGCCCUCCCGACCUCCAUCCUAAAAGUCCCCACCCUCAUGUCUACCCAGUGGUCCUUCUCUUUUUACUCCAAGGUUCGGCGGAGGCUCCACGUGCACCAGUUAUUGAGCCCAUUGCCAUUGCCUGGGCCCAUUUGUGAAAUUGCGAGGAGUGAAGAAAUUCUACUGAGGGGGGGGGGGUAGCUGUGAGGUGAAAAUGUGCAAAUCCCCCGCUCCGUUUGAUGUCUCGACUGGCCGCCAUUCACUUUCGUGCAGAUUUUUUUCGAGGGGUUGUUGCUCGCGCGCAUUGCGUUCACUGGUCAGGUGACCCUCGGCAUUCCACUGCAUCGAAGUGGCUUCCUUGGCGUUCCGUAGCACCUUGUAAUGCAAUGAUCCCCACAACAAGCUGCACGGCUGGAAGCGCCAAUUGAGCCGUCGGAAUGGAAGUUACAAUGCAAACGUGCCGUUUAACGAGAUCGAAAUAGGUAUCUACGGAAGUGGAUGGAGGUUGUCCAUAUGCCGCAUCAAUCUCGUGAGGUUUUUUUUGUCGUUGUAUUGUUUUGCCUUGCAUUUGUCAAGUGGGUUUGGUCUUUCAAAAAGUCCCCAGUGCGUUUUCAAAGCUUGAAUUUAAACUGAAAGGAAGUGAUGGUUUAAGUCACGUGCAUUUUCUUAGCCAAUCAGAGCUGUGGAGAUUUGUGUUGUCAUGGAAACUGAACUUAAAAUAGCAGCAGAGGUCAAGAUGCCUCUGAUCAGAUCCCAGGAAAGUGCAAUAUUUCCGUGGGGUAAAGCAAAACAAGCUAAUUAACUCGUUAAAACACUACCAUGGCAAUUCUCACGCGACGCACAUUGUCACUGACCGUUACGUCUAUUUCGGCGACUGUGACCCUUGCAGAUAUCAUUCUUUUAAGCGUGUAAUUUAUUGUGUGACAUUUGCCAAGUCAGGCUUGUUUUGGUGGGAGAUACGUUGUCCUUCGUGAUAUGCUCUGACCUACAGAGUGAAUUUGCCAGAAUAUUUAUUUUGAUCCAAUUUGCACGCCACAUUUGAGGCAAACGAAAAGCAGGAGUAUAUUAUCGCGAUGGCUGUUGUUUUAAGGUUGUAAAUAAUUUAUCUGUACGUUUUAUAUAGAGAUAUAAGCAACACGGUCUAUAAUUAAUACGAACGUAACAUGUUGAAUUACACGACUAUAUAUAAAGUAUUGCGCAACUGCAGAAUCCUUCGUAAUAAGCUGUCAAUUUUUAUUGGAUCCCAAUACCAACACCCAAUAGCCUCUAUUCAGAUGUGCAGAAGACUUGUUAUUCGAUACAAUCUGCGAUACCCAAGCUGGGUGAAAUUUUCAGCUGCAUAUACUGUUACAAUAUGACGUCAGAUGAUGAUGAUGCUGCAUGUCACGGUUGGCUGGAGGGGAUGUUGCUAUCGUAUGCCUCGACAAACGAGAGCCGUUUCAUUCAACGUAGCAUCGUAGACAUCGUGCGUCGAUGCACUCUCAAUGCAUUAUCCUUUCAUUAACUAGGGUAAAAGCCCACGGAUUCAUUACCACUUUUGCAAGAGUUCCUGGUUAAUGGUAGUUGCAUGUGGGAAGUGACUUUUUGCAAUUUAGGUGCAGAACAUAUUUAAGUGUGGCUUUGUUUUAGCAUCGUCACAGAUUAAUCUUAUACAUUAAAUCCACGGGUGCUUUUUAAGCAUCCAUGUCAUAGCAAAUGGCUAUGUUCAUCAAUUCCCUGCAAAAAAAAAACAUUCCAGUAAUCACCUGGCACCUGUGGUGGGAUUCGAACCAUCGAGUCUGUGUGAACGCUCGCUCGGUGGCGAGCGUUCUGAUCAUGAGACCAUAAUCAGCCGGUGUCAUGAAACAGAAAAUUAGGUCCCUGAUCCGCCCCGAAUAUCCCUACGUGGCUGCCAUUUUAACUGAAACGUUCUCGGUUAAUGAACGGUUUUAUUCAGCAGGGGGCAGCCCUGAAACCCGACACAGCUCGCGUGCGGUGCUGACUCGGUUGCGCCCUUGUCGUCAUUGUCUGCCACUCGUUUCAGUGACUUUCAGUGGAUUGUGAAACUCUCUUCCCGUGGGGAUUGAGGAGCCAUACCCCGGCUCGCCAGAAGAAGGCAGUACAGCAAGUGGACGAAUCCAUCUGUAUGGUGGAAUGGUGUUGCCCCCCCCCCCCCCCCUUAUGCGCUUGGGUUGUCUCCAGAGGUCGCAAAUGGGUUUUGAUUCCUUACCCGUACCCAUACCCGGCCGCACAAGGGUCGCAAACGGGUACCCCGAUACCCGGCCGGGUAGGGUACGGGUAUCGGGUACCCGAUUGCGACCUCUGCUUGUCUCUGGGUUGCUACGGGUUUUUUCCGCUUAUAUGAAGACUCCUUAAUUGUUUGAAAAUAUGUUAAAAUACAAAAAAUGCAUCGGGACCCUCCUGAAAAACAAAGAGAGUGGCUCUCCUGGAUAAAAAAGGAACUAACUUUUGUUAUUAUUCUCACGACUGUUAAUUUGCGCAGUGGCGAAAUCCCAUGGUGCAGUUGUUCAACGGCAGGGUUGGUGCAUCCGUGCAGAUUGCACGCGUCAUCCUCUCGGGAACCCACGUUUCCGGGUGGUGUGUUUCCCCGGGCACUUCCGUUCCCUUUCAAAACACUCGUUCGGAAAAUAUGGGCAAACAUGCAAAAUGCAGGACACUCUUCAGACUUGGAGCCUUUCCCGGAUUAAUUAGGGAAUCAUUAUUAACAUGACGUUUUUCAGUCUGUGAGACUGGUAGAUGGCAAUAUUGUUAAUGGCAAAAUGUUACAUUUAGUGUUCAUAUUCUUUGGUUCUUUCGAUAAAGUCACGUAGAUGGAAAAUAAAAAUGUACAACAAAAAACUCACGACGUUUCGAUCGCAACACAAGUGGUCGUCAUCAGGGAAAAGGGGGGGGUUAGCCUCCAAAGGCAAACUUUAUAAAGGUUUACAAAUGGGCAUAGUCCAAGCGUGUCGGCAGCAUGAGCGGAGCAGCUAAUGUUAAUGUAGGAGAAGACAACGGGGGAGAGAG